AUGGAAAACAACUUCACUAUCCCAGACGAUAUGAUGGAAGAAAUUCUGUUAAGAUUACCGGUGAAAUGUCUAUUGCGUUUUAAAUACGUAUGUAAGUCAUGGCUUUCUCUAAUUUCCGAUCCUCACUUUGCCAAAUUCCAUUAUGACCUAGGAGCUGAUCCCACCGACCAACUUCUUAUAAAAAGCUAUUGGGAAACUCAUUCCAGAGACAUAGAAGCAUCACUUUACGAUGAUUCCACGAAAGCAGUCGUUAACAUUCCAUAUCCAUCACCAUCUUACAUUGAUGAAGGCAUUAAGUUUGAGGGUUCAUGCAGAGGAUUUCUACUCGUAACAACCACCGUCGUGUCUUCCGGCAAGGUUGUUUAUUUCAUGAUAUGGAAUCCGUCAACGGGUCUUCGGAAACGAUUUAACAAAGUGUUCCCCACGCUUGAAUAUCUACGUGGCAUUGGGUAUGACCCAUCAACUGAUGACUACGUGGUAGUGAUGAUAAGGUUAGGCCAGGAGGUACAAUGUUUCUCCUUAAGGUCUAAUUCAUGGAGUCGCUUUGAGGGUACUCUUCCAUUCCGGAAGAAUACGUCUGUUACCCAUACCCAUGCUCUUUUAAAUGGGUCAUACUUGAAUGGAGCUCUUCAUUGGUUGGUUUACUCUUAUGAUUAUUAUUUCAAAAUCAUUGCAUUUGAUCUGGUGGAAAGGAAAUUAUUCGAGAUUCCACUGCCACGUCAAUUCGUAGAACAUAGAUGUUGUUUGAUAGUAAUGGGAGGAUGUUUGUGUCUCUUUUGUACAACUUACGUGCCGGCUCAGCCGGCUCAGAUGUGGAUGAUGAAAGAAUACAAUGUGCAGUCAUCUUGGACCAGCACUAGUGUUCCUGAUGCUCCUUAUGGCUUUCAUCCAAUUUGCUUCACAAAAAAUGGUGAAAUUUUGGGAUAUGAGCACGGAGAUAAAAUGUUAAUGAGACUUUCUGACAAAGGCAAGCUGCUUGACAAACGCAGAAGUUUAUGUGAAAAAUUUGUCCUGUAUAAAGAGAGUUUGCUAUCACUCCCUCCCAACUAA